GUUAUGCUGACAAUAUUCUUUCUAAUUUAAAGGCAGUUUGUUUGUGCUUAAAAGUUUCUGAACUGGAAAGAAAAUGCUAGAAGUCACAUCAGAGAGAGGAAUUGCAUCCUAUAUUGUGUGAGUGAAUAAAGCUCCGUGCCUUUUUGCCUAGAAAAGGAAGGGAAAGUCGGGCUGACAGAAAGCAGGCCUGAGGGAGCCCAGGGCCCAGGGGAAGUGCAGGUAACAGCAUGCUGUCCUAGCAGCUGUUUCAGCGUCUAUUACACUGUCAGUUUGUUGCCAUGCAGCAGGUGCUCGAUCUCACAUUUAAUCUUUAAUGUUCUGCAAAGGCAAAGACCAGGCAGGACACAAGUCAGUUCAGAACGUUGCAUCGGCAGGUGUGAAAUUGUGCAAGCUAAAGAGCAGAAACUACAGUCAGACCUAUAGUCCCAUUGGCCAUAUGAUUACCACAAGGAGGCUACCUUCGGAUAAACCUGUCCACAUUUCCUUGAGCCUAGAUGACCUUACAGAGCUGAAUAUCCCUGAUGAUUUUAUUCCAAACGUUUACCUCCAACUUGAUCAGCAUCUCCAGCCUCUGCAGCCAUGCCUCAACUCCAAGGAGUCUAUAUUGGUGUUUCAGCAGCACUGCAGGAUAGCUGAGGAGUACCACAAAGUGCAGAAAGAAAUCGCAUUGCUACAAGAGCGAAAAAAACAGCUGAUUGCAGAACUUGAUCAAGAUGAAAAGGAUCAACUGAAUGCUACACACCUGACACAGGAAUACCAGCAGCUUGCUGAAGAAAACCACUCUCUGACGACCUACCAUUUACAGUGUAGAGAACACCUAGAGAAACUUCAGGUGCUACUGCAGCAGCAACAGGGAUCUUCCUGACUCCAGACAGGCAGUUCUUUAUUUAUGACAUACAAAAUGCUGGAAUAGCUAUGGAAUCUUCUUUGAGGUUCACAGAAUCAAUUGGAAGAGUUUACAGUAAGGAGAGCAGAAACCAUCGUGCUAGUUCACUGAUUUACUGGAAGCUGAUUUGCAGCAUUGCUGUAGUUUUUUCCAGAUGAGCUUUUCUUUUCGUAUGUAUAAGGUAUGCUGCAACAUUUCGAUUUGCUAGUAUCAAGAAGUACAAUCAGGAAAGGGGUUUAAAAACCCCAGAAUUUGUAAACAUGCAAAUAUUAAAUGGAAUGCUUUUGAUUAUAACAAACUGAGAACAUGAAAAAUAACUUUUAAA